UUUGCGUGCGGCAAAAGGCGGGAUGUGGGCCCUGCGGGCCGCCGUCCGCUCAGGGGCCUGGGUCUCCCGUGUGGUUCGCGGCCGCGGGGCCCCGAGAGCUGCGCCGUCGCUGCCGGCCUUGCCGGAUCGCGCGCUCGCCGCCUUCGGCCCCGGGGGACUCAAGGGCCCAGGAGGUGGAGGACGGGGCCCACGGGCUGACGGCCCGAGCAGCCGAACGGGAGAGGAGGAGGAGGAGCCAGAAGAUGCGGAGGAGAAAGAGGAGGAGGAGGAGCUACUGAGGAGGGACCCUUUGCUGCCAGCGGAGACCCAGCGCGUGUGUCUGAUUCACCCUGAGGUCAAGCGGGGACCGCGGAAGCAGCAGCUGACCGGAGCUGAGUGGCAGGUGGCAGAAGCAGAAGCACUGGUCCACACACUGGAUGGCUGGUCGGUGGUGGAAAGGAUGGUGGUGCCCACCAAAACACCCGAUGGAAAGCUCAUCUUCGGCAAAGGGACUUUGGAGCACCUGACAGAGAAAAUCAGAGGGUCGCCAGAAAUCACGGCGGUCUUUCUGAACGUGGAGAGGCUGGCCACGCCUACCAAGAAGGAACUGGAAGCCAGCUGGGGCGUGCCGGUGUUCGACCGGUUCACGGUGGUCCUUCACAUUUUCCGCUGCAACGCCCGGACCAAGGAGGCGCGGCUGCAGGUGGCACUGGCUGAGCUGCCCCUUCUCAGGUCCCACCUGAAAAGCAGCACUGCCCACCCGGAUGGACAAGGACGGGGCUCACGCUAUAUCAUGGGGUCAGGAGAAUCCUUCAUGCAGGUGCAGCAGCGCCUCUUGAAGGAAAAGGAAAUGAAGAUCCGGAAGGCCCUGGAGAGACUGAGGCAGAAACGGCGUCUCCUGGGGAGGCAGCGGAGGCGGCAGGAGUUCCCGGUGAUCGCCGUGGUGGGGUACACCAACUGCGGAAAAACCACGCUGAUUAAGGCCCUGACCGGCGACGACACUGUCCAGCCCCGGGAUCAGCUGUUUGCAACACUGGACGUCACAGCUCAUGCUGGGUGGCUGCCCUCCCGCAUGGCUGUCAUUUACAUGGACACCAUUGGCUUCCUCUCCCAGCUGCCCCACAGCCUCAUCGACUCCUUCUCUGCCACCCUGGAAGACGUGGCUCGUUCAGAUCUGAUCGUCCACGUGAGGGACGUGACCCACCCUGAGACGGAGCUGCAGAAAGCCAGUGUCCUGUCCAGCCUGCACGGCCUGCGCCUGCCCGCCCCCCUCCUGGACUCCAUGCUGGAAGUUCAUAACAAGACGGACCUGGUGCCGGGGUAUAGCCCGGCGGAACCCCAGGCUGUGGCCGUGUCCGCCCUCCUGGGGCACGGGCUCCCAGAGCUGAAGGCGCGGCUGGAGGACGCCAUCCGUAGAGCCACGGGGAGACAGGUCCUCACCCUGCGGGUCCGGCUGGCGGGCACACAGCUGAGCUGGCUGCAUCGGGAGGCCACCGUGCAGGACGUGGACGUGAUUCCCGAGGCCGGAGUGGCCGACGUCACCGUCGUCAUCAGCAAGUCCGCCUACGGCAAGUUCAGGAAGCUCUUUCCCGAGUGAAUGGACGUCGUGUCCGCCGCCGUCUCUGGGCCUCCUGCCCGCCCCCUCCGUGGCCGCUCCGGGAGGAAGGGCCGGCGGCCGGAACUCCAAGGUCGGCU